AAGUUGAAAGAAGUGGGAGAGGGACAUCGCAGAGCCUUAUGAAAUCUAACGUUACAGUUGCAGGCUUGGUACUGGAUACACUGUGAACAGACACUGAAGUGCCACAAAUAUUGUCCUGGAGACAACAUUCACAUUAACUAGCUUCCUCUUUUUGGCAGGUAUUUUCUGAAGUUUUUCACAGUACAUCUGUGCCCAGAGGAAGAGAGCAGACGGUGUGACAUGGCAAGUAGAGGUGGAGCUACACGACCCAAUGGGCCAAACACAGGCAACAAGAUUUGUCAGUUCAAACUUGUGCUUUUAGGAGAGUCAGCGGUGGGGAAGUCCAGUCUUGUACUUCGUUUCGUCAAGGGACAGUUUCACGAAUUCCAAGAGAGCACAAUCGGAGCUGCCUUCCUGACUCAGACAGUAUGUUUGGACGACACAACAGUCAAGUUUGAAAUCUGGGACACAGCUGGUCAGGAGCGCUACCACAGUCUGGCUCCCAUGUACUACAGAGGUGCCCAGGCGGCCAUCGUGGUGUAUGAUAUAACAAAUGAGGAGUCAUUUGUACGGGCGAAGAACUGGGUUAAAGAGCUUCAGAGACAAGCCAGUCCAAAUAUUGUAAUAGCCCUGGCUGGGAACAAGGCUGAUCUCGCAAACAAGAGAGCACUGGACUUCCAGGAUGCACAGUCAUACGCAGAUGACAACAGCUUGCUUUUCAUGGAAACAUCAGCAAAGACCUCUAUGAACGUGAAUGAGAUUUUCAUGGCCAUUGCAAAGAAACUACCCAAGAACGAGCCUCAAGCUGCCGGAGCCAGUAGCGGGCGGAACCGGGGAGUGGACCUGACAGAGACGGCUCAGCCCACCAGCCGUCCCUGCUGCAGUAACUAACCCUGCUCUUCCUGCUCAUCCUCCCCCCUCACUCUCUCUCACACACACACACACACACACACACACACACAUCCCCCACUCUGACCCCUCCCCUCCACCCCCUCUCAACAUCUGGACAUCAGGCUCCUUGGCUCUCUGACGUCAGACCUGACCCUCACCCUCACUCCCCUGGAUUAGCUAAAAGACUCUGUAUAGCUGCAUUUCUAAUACCUUUUUUUUUUGUUGAUGUUCUUUUUUUUUUCUUUUUUUCUUUUUUUUAUUUACUUUUUUUAAGAAGUGUAUAUCAGUAUAAUGGAUGCAUGUAUCACUACAACGCCUAAAAAGAAAAAAACAACACAUUUUUGUUUCUCAUUAAGUUGGAAGACUAACCCCAUUUAAGAAAGCUGAGCGAGUGAGAAACCCGUGGACGUGUGAUUGUGUCGUGUGUGAGUUUCCAAGAGUGAUUUGCUGAUGAGAAGGUGUAGCCUCAUUUGUCACUUCACAGGGUCGACUGGAUGCGAAUUAUGUUGCCUGUAAUACUCUGCGUGUGUGCGGGUUAGGUUUUGCUCACAAUCACAAGAAAACCAAAUUGUUCCCAUCGCGAGACGCCUGGCUUCUCAGACUGUUUGUUGUGAGGCACUGAUGUGUCGAGCCAGUGCCAGGAAAGUCAUUCAAACUGAGAACUCUUCCCUCCUCACAUCUGUUACUGAAGAGAACAUCUUCGUCCAAGGCUCCUAACGGAAAAGUGUGGAAAAUAAAUCUAGUGCUCUCCAGUUUUUUGAAAAAGUUGGAAACACACAAAAAGGUAUUUUGAGAACAUAGUAGAAAAACAGCCUUGAUUCAUGUCAGGCUUCUCAUUAUGUGCAACCAGUCAAAUUUUGUUAGAUAUAUAUAUAUGAAAGCAAAAAAUAUGAAUCUUCAUCUUUAGAGCGACGCAGGCUUGUCACAUUGCCGUACAUCACAUUAAACAACACGGCAUUCACAGUGUGGAAAACAUGGGAGUUUGGGAAAGUGUAGGAACAUCAGGAACCAACAUGAAACCAGUAUGACAAGAUAUUUAAAUUCAGCUUUCCUCUUCAACGAAUGCUUUCAUGCUGCAGCCUCAUCGAGUUCAUCGCAGAAGUCCCAUGUCAGUUCUAAAACAGAUCCGGCUUCAAAUGAAAAAGAAAAUCAACAGGAACUGUUGAACAUCCUGCUUAGUGAGUCAUCUUACAAAGACUUGAACGCACGACUAGUACUAUGUUAAACUCUUGUUUUUGUUCAUCCACUCUGUUUCUGUUCAGGCCAGUAGCUGACCUGCACCAAUAUGGGUGAUCUGAAUCAAGGGGGAGGGGGGGAGGGGUGGUGGUGGUGGUGGUGGUGGUGGGUGGUGGUUUUUAGAAUAGAGUUCAGACAGCACACAAACAGAAAAUUGGACUGCUACCCAUUGUCACAAGUCUGUGGAAAAAAAAUAUACUCUAAUGUUGUUAUAGGGUGCAAUGUUGCAAUGUUGUCUUCUUCCUCCUUUAGUACAGCUUGCAGAGCUCACAAGCUCACCUGGAAAUUUAUCUAGAGAUUCCGAACAAUUGUACAGUUCAAUAUAGGUCUGCUUUUUUUCAUUUCUUUUUUUUUUUUUUUUUUUUUUUAAUUUUCAUUCUAGACAUUGUCACAAACUGGUCAAAUGUUAAGCAGUGGUGGUCUUUUUAGGUAUAUGUAGUGUUAUUAACAAAAUCCCUAUGUGGUGUCUUGUUACUUUUCUCAGAAAUGGUCCAUGGUCAUGUUUGAAAGGAACUUUUAUUUCAUUGCACAGUGUUGAUCAUGUUUUAAUUAAUGAUGACUGCCCUUCGAUUUUAUAUGACAGACUGUAUUGGACUUGCUAACCUACGGCUAUAAACAGGUAGCAUAAUUAACCUAACUGGUGGUCUCUCUUACAGCUCAAUGAAUUUUAAUGAUGUAAAACAGCAUUACUAGUGAUGGGCUGAUCAGUUUUGAGUGUCUGAAUACAACUUAAUAAAUUCAAUAAAGAGGUCUCUACGCCUUUUUGCUCUCAA